AUGGAGAAUAUGCAUAUCAUAACAUUCCUGGUGGUUGUGUCGACCGCUUUCAUCUUGUUGGUAUGUGAUUCCAAGGCAGAUGUUGUUUGUGAAACUACAGACAAACGAAUGACUUGCCAAUAUGACAUCCCGAAAAAAAUACCUCCUGGGGUGACAGAGGUCUACGUUGAAAAUCACAAAGAUAUUAACCUCAGUAGGAACAGUUUCAGUGAUCCACGUUGGAAACAUAUUUUGAUUCUUCAGAUAUACCAAAAUAAGGCAAAAACUCAUUCCAUUCAAGUUCAUGACUCUGCUUUUCGUGAAUUGGAUUCUUUGAGUGUAUUUGGUAUCCACACCCGUGGAUUCAGUAUUGGUGAUAGACAUAGAAGUAAUAUUUUUCGCGGACUAGAAAACAUUACUGAACUUGAUUUUUCCGGAUGUGUCAAUCUUAACAGCAGCUUUGUUGCGUUAUCACUAAUGCAGGAUGGAGAAUUUACAAAACUUCGCACAUUAAACUUAAACGAAGUUAAUACUAAUACUGGAAGUAGGAAUAUAAAUUUUUCUCAACUAUUCAUAGAUAUGCUGGUAAAUAAAAGAAUUAAAAAUCUGAGUUUACGAAAAACGAUGAUUCAUUUUCAGCCGUUUAUUCAGAAAUCAGUUUCUGAGGUUACACGUUUCGAUCUGUCUGAUACGUCAUAUAGCCUGUCAUACAGGUUUUCAUCACCAGACGAUGUGUUUGUUCCGUUACUAAGGCUAUUUGGGAACACAAAAUUGCUGAAUAUCACAAAUUUUAAAAUGUUUGAUACGUUUUGGAGAGGAGAUCGGUUACGUUUUACUAAUCUUCACUGUACUGAUUGUACAGAACUAUGUGGGGUGUAUAUAUUUAACCUUUUAUUUGUUGAAUAUAUUUACGCAAAUAAUAUGCUUGUAGAUACUGGAUUUCCUAUUGAAAUAAUUAAUUCAACGUUUAACUUUACAUGCAGAAUGAAUUUAAAGGUAGUAGAAUUAAGGGAAAAUAACGUUCGUCGGAUACAAGGAACAACAUUCCAUUGGCCAGAUCAAAAUUUCCUGCGUUACCUUGAUUUGACAGGUAAUAAAAUGAGUUUUUUGUCUUCAAGCGUAACCAGUGGACUUACAAAUCUCACAACAUUUGUGCUAGGUGAAAACCGGCUGUCUGAUAUGUCUUCUUCUCCUGAAUUUAUAAAUCUGUUCGCAAACUGUUUAAAUUUAGAGAAACUUGUGUUGGACAGAAAUGGAUUAUCCUAUCUACCGGAGUCUAUAUUUCUUCGGAAUAAAAUGCUUACUUACCUUACCCUUAAGGGAAACCUUCUUAGAAAAGUUACUUUUAACACAAAACAUCUCAAGUAUCUACAACAUCUAGAUUUAUCUGACAAUUUGAUUCAUAUCUUAGAUGAACAAUCAAUGAAUAAUCUGAACGAUGUGAUUCAUUUCCAAACAUAUUCAAACAUCAAUCUGGAAGGAAAUCCAAUAGAAUGUUCAUGUAAUAGUGCACCUUUCAUAAAAUGGAUACAGAAACAUUCAGUAUAUAUGCCACACCGUGGCAUAAUGCUUAAUUGCACAAUAGAAGGCCGGAUAGUUGGCAUUGAUGACAAAACUGUAGCUAAGACGCAAUUUAUGUGUAUAAGGAUAUUGGUGUACGUAUCUAUCGCCUUAGCAGUAGUUUUUGCAAUAGCUGCAAGUACAGUUGUAUCUAUAGCCGUUCCUAAAUUGAUCAAAAGACGUAGAAAGAAUGACCAGGUCCGGAGAUUUCUACAAAAAUAUCAAAAUAACCAGAUUAAAGAAAACUUUCUGUGCUUACUGUCCUAUUUCAACACGGAUAGUACUGUUGCCAUUGAACAUAUCUACAAAAAUAUGAAUGAAACAUUAAAGGAAAUUACUGGCCCUGAAUCAGACUCAGUUUGCAUCGUUGAACGACAUUUUCGUGCUGGAGCAGAAAUCGUGGCCGAAAUAAUGAGAUUCGUAUCAGAAUCUUGUGUAAUUGUCUUCAUCGUGUCGAAGUCAUUUUGUCAAAGCAGCUGGUGUUGCUUAGAAAUAAAAGAAGCAUAUGAACAACAGAAACCAAUAGUGUUAAUUUUCUGUGAAGAAGUAGAUGAAAACGAAAUGCCUGCUCAUCUUAAACAAAUGUUUCAACGAUGCACUCGUGCAAAACUCGUGAAACAGGAUGAAGAGUUCACUGUCCAGCCUGGGGGCUGGGAAGGGCUGUGUGACUCUAUCAUACAUCUCGCAAGUCGGCAAUGUGCAGAAGAAUUAGAAUGA